UGACUUUUAAUUCAGAUUUUGUUUGUGUACUAAUAUAUUAAAAUUUUUCCAGAUGUUUGAUUCAAAUGAAAAUUCCGAUAAAUUUCUCAGGCUGAAGUUGGGGAAAGGAAAAGUAAUCAAGGGUUUGGAAGAAGGACUUGUAGGAGUUCGUAAAAAUUGCAGGCGUCUAGUUAUUGUUCCUCCUCAUCUUGGUUAUGAUAGUCAAGAAAUGAGCAAAAUUCCACCAAAAUCAACUUUAAUAUUUGAAGUUUUUGUAAAUAAAGUGAAAUUUGGGAAAGAAACCUCUCGGUCAUCCACGCCUUCAGUUAAUGAAGUCGAUUCUGGAAGCGAGAUAAAGAAGAGAGAUUCAAUAUCCACUAAAACCCACUCACCCAGUAUAGGAAGUGAAGAUUCAAUAAGAGCAAGAGGAGUUUCCAUUUCAGAACAGUUGUCUCAGAGCCCAAAGGAUGAAAAAGCAAAAAUAAUAUCUCGGAUGGCUAAAAUGGGAAUGUCUCUGUUACCGAAACAAAUUGGUGGAACCAGUCAGCAAAGCAGUGAAUCUGAAACAGACGAAGAAAUACAUUCUAAAGCAAGAAGCUCUCCAGUUACAAGUCAAGAAAAUUUGACAAGAGAACAAUCUCCAAAACCAGUACCAAAACCUAGAAGCACAUCGAAUGCAACUAGUUUUCAGCAACCAAAUCAACCUGCACCAGCACCAGUAACACAACAAAUGGCUGUUAUGCAACCUCCACAAUAUUUACCAAAUAACGUUUAUCCAUUUCCAUAUUCUGCAUCAACUGUGCCAUUUAAUGUGCUUCAACAACCGUUUCCAAAUCAUGCGAUUGCUACUGGUUCUCCCGCCGUAAUGACGAGUAUUGCUGACACUCAUCUUCCGUUGUUGUUGUCCGAGACCAGGACUCAAAAUACAGAAGUCAGACUUGCAUUAGGAAAGAUUACAGAGAAAGUAGACGUAGUCUUACAUAAGUUAGAUGACGUAAAACAUCAGUCAGCAUUUUCUGGACAAAUUCCAUAUCUUGAAUCGUCUGUAUUAUUGCAGAAUAUCCAAAGAAUAGUACAGGAGAAUAAUAAAUUAAAACAGGAAAUUGAUGAAAAGAGUGGAAAAAUUCAAAGUUUAAAUGAAAAAAUAUGUGAUUUAUUACAAAGAAAUCAAAGGUUUAUUGAAGAAAGCAACAGUAUGCUUGAACAAAGAAGCGAUUCCUUACAUUCCACGGCCUCUCAGUCUCAUGCUAGACUUUUAACUCUUGAACAAGAGAGAAUAAAACUUUCGUCUGAGCUCGCCGAAACAAUAUCUAAAGUGAGCGAAUUGCAGUUGGAACUCUCUGCUCGACAGCAACAGGAAAUAGAUUUAAAGAACAAACUUCAAACUGCAACAUACAACAGUCAGAAACAAAAGGAUGAAACAGAAUCUUUUAAGCUCAAAAUACAAGAACAAGAAGUUUUAAUUACUACAUUGCAGCAAAAUUUAAAAGAAAUUAGACAAGAAAAAAGAGAUUUGGAGAAAAAGUUAGAAAACUUGGAAGAAACUAUUGAAGAUUUUAAAAGUACAAAAGAAAUGCUUGAAAAGAGUUUGACUGAUAAAAAGAAACAGAUUCAAGAUGAACGAAUAAAAGCUGAAAAUGCAAUAGAGGAAACUCGGACAUCUUAUGAGAAAGAAAUUGAAAUGAUUCGGAAUAAAUAUCUCAAUAAAAGACCGGUGCCUUCUUCUGAGCAGGUAACAGAAAUUGAAGAUAUAGAAUCAAAGUGGAAAAAAAGAAGUGAACAAAUGAUUUUGGAAACUGCAGAAAAAUACAAAGAAGAAAUAGAAGUUCUCAAUAAAGAAAAAAUCAUGUUAGAAUGCAAAUUGAAGGAGAUAGAAAGUAAAUUAGAAAAAUCUAGAACGAAUCAAUCUUCAGAAAGAGAUCGGAUAUUUCAACUAGAAGAAGAAAUAGAAAAUUUGAAAGAAUGGAAACUUAAAUAUGAAUUGCUGGGUAAUAGUUCAGAAACAAUGAAGAAACAGUAUGAAGAGCAAAUAAAAGAACUUACAAGACUAUUAAAUCAAGGAGGUAGUUUUGCAGAAAGUAGUGUGAAGUUUUCCAGUGAGCUGAAAACAGCAAUGAACAGGUUAUAUCGUUGUCUCCAAACUGAAUUUCAUCCAGAAAAUUCUUACAGUGGAACACAAAUUAGACAAGUAGCUUUAAAUACAAUUCGGGCUGUAACCUUUGAAUUAAUAGAAGCUAAACAAACAGUUCCUGUUUCAAGAGAUGAACCAGAUAAAACAGAGAUAAAAAGUAAUGAAGAGACAGUUCAGAAGCAAAUGCCUGAUAAUGAAGUUAGUCAUUCUGAAAAUAACGGUAAUCAGAUAUCAUCUGAAACUGAAGCUUCAAAGGAAACUGAAAAUGAUACUCCAGUUUCAACUGUUCCUAUUGAAGACAAUUCAAAAUUAGAAGAUAACAUCACUAGUCAAACAAAAAUUGAUAGUAGUAAUGUAGAAUCAGUCAGUGAAACUUUAAAUCAAAAUGAUGAUUCCUCCAAAUUGGACAAAACAGAAGUUGAAGUUGUAAAUUCUAAUGAUGUACUUAAAGAAAAUGAAAUGGCAGUAAAAGCAGAUCAGUUUGAAAAUGAAGAAGACAAAUCAGGUAAAGAGUCAAGUCCAAUAGAGAAAACACAGAUAAGUGAAAAAAGUUCAAAGUUAAUUGAAGAAGAAAAGAAAAAUAUAGUAAGCAUGGCCCAGACACAACAUUCUGCCUCCCCUGAUAAUUCAGAUAGUGGGGAGGACACCUCUUCCAAGCAAUAUCUCUUUUUUGACAACAAAUCCAAGCUUUUCCUUCGAGUGACUACACUCUUACUCCACGAUCCCAUGUGGAGAUCUGCAGUUAGGGCCGCAUUGUGUCUCUUUGUGCUCGGAAUAAUCAUCUUGUGGCUCUAGUGUGAUGUCUUGGAUACCUCAACCGCCUCCGCCGCCACUUUUUGAUGACGACGAUGAAGACGAAGACGAUUGGUUAAAGUGAUUAAAGUAGAUAUUUUAGUAAAUGAGCUAAAACUUAUGUUUAAAUCUAUUCUCAGAGGGAUGAUGAUUGGUGAAAAUGGACAAAUCGUGAAUUCCAAACACUCCAGUAUGUUUAAUUUCUCUCUUGUGAAUUUAGUUGAAAUGAUUUUUACAGAUUUAUACUUACUCAUCUAAUAUAGUAUACUUUGUAUAGAGAGCUAUUCUUUCUAAUUAUAAAUGAAUAUUGAUCAUGUAUAAUGUAUUCAAUAUAUUGAUAUUUAUUAUGUCUAUAAAUAAAGAAUAUACAAAUAAUUUGCUUAUAUAUAUUUGCAUUUUGUAGUUGCAUUUUGUUAGGA